AUGCCCUGCCCCUGCCCCGGCCCCGGCGCCGGCCCGCCCGGCUUGCUGGCCCUGCUGGGCCCGGGGCUGGCGCUGCUGGCGCACCUCUCCUUCCCCUGCCCCGCGCAGGCCGGCCCGAGCCCCGCGCAGGGCGCCGCCGGCAGGACGCUCAUCCUGCUGGACGUGAGCGCCAGGAGCCCGCUCCGCCUCACCAGCCCCAACUUCCUCUCGCUCCAGCUCGACCCCUCCAUCCUCCACGACGGCUGGCUGGACUUCCUCAGCUCCCGGCGCCUGGUGACCCUGGCCCGUGGGCUGGCGCCGGCCUUCCUCCGCUUCGCCGGCAAGAGGACCGACUUCGUGCAGUUCCAGAACGUGAAGAACCCGGCCAAAAGCCGCGGCGGACCGGGACCCGAUUAUUACCUCAAAAACUACGAGGACGACAUCAUUCGCAGUGAUAUUGCCUUGGAUAAGCAGAAAGGCUGCAAGAUCGCCCAGCAUCCAGACAUCAUGUUAGAGCUACAGAGAGAAAAAGCAGCUCAGAUGCACCUGGUUCUUCUCAAGGAGCAAUUCUCUAACACCUACACCAAUCUCACACUAACAGCCAGGUCUCUAGACAAACUUUAUAACUUUGCUGACUGCUCUGGCCUCCACCUCAUCUUUGCAUUGAAUGCUCUGCGUCGGAACCCCAACAAUUCUUGGAACAGCUCCAAUGCCCUCAGCCUGCUCAAGUAUAGUGCCAGCAAGAAAUACAACAUCUCCUGGGAGCUGGGCAAUGAGCCAAAUAAUUAUCGAGCCCUGACAGGGCGAGCAGUGAAUGGCACCCAAUUGGGCAAGGAUUAUGUGCAGCUGAAGAGUCUGCUGCAGCUGAUCCGAACUUACUCUCGAGCCAGCCUGUACGGACCCAACAUUGGGAGGCCUAGGAAGAAUGUGGUGUCUCUCUUGGAUGGGUUCAUGAAGGUGGCAGGCAGUACGGUGGAUGCUGUUACCUGGCAACAUUACUACCUUGAUGGCCGAGUGGCCAAGGUGACGGACUUCCUGAAAACGCGCCUGUUAGACACACUCUCUGACCAGAUCAGGAAAAUCCAGAAAGUUGUCAAUUCACAUGUGCCUGGAAAAAGGAUUUGGCUGGAGGGCAUUGGGGCCACCUCGGAAGGAGGCACCACCAAUCUCUCAGAUUCCUAUGCUGCCAGCUUCCUGUGGCUGAACUCUCUUGGGAUGCUGGCCAGCCAGGGCAUUGAUGUGGUGAUACGUCACUCGUUUUUUGACCAUGGACACAACCAUCUUGUGGACCAGAACUUCAACCCAUUGCCGGAUUACUGGCUGUCGCUGCUCUACAAGCAGCUUGUUGGGCCCCGAGUACUUGCUGUGCACGUGGCUGGACUGCAGCAGAAGCCUCGGCUUGGCAGGGUGAUUCGUGAUAAGUUGCGCAUCUAUGCUCACUGCACCAGCUACCACAACCACAAUUAUGUCCGUGGUUCUAUCACGCUCUACAUCAUCAACCUGCACCGGUCUCGGAAGAAAAUCAAGCUGGUGGGUACCCUACGAGACAAACUUGUUCACCAGUAUGUGCUACAGCCCUAUGGUCAGGAAGGGCUCCACUCCCGGUCCAUACAGCUUAAUGGGCAGCUACUGACCAUGGUGGACGAUGGAUCCUUACCUCACCUGAAGCCCCGUCCCCUUCGUCCUGGCCGGACCCUGGUUAUUCCACCACUCACCAUGAGUUUCUAUGUGGUAAAGAACGUGAAUGCUCUGGCCUGCCGGUAUCGGUAGUUCCAGCCACCCCACUGCCAAGAACAGACCUGUUAGGCCUCUUGAGGCAUCUCUUGGCAAACGGCUUGCUUCUCAGGUUGGCAUGGCAGACAGCACAAGAUGGGAAAGGCCUCUGAGAAACUUUGUGGGGUGUCUGUAAGCACUGUUUGGCCGCAGCCCUCGCAACAGACGGCAGCUGUUCUAUUCUUGACACCACCACCUACAGUAACCACUCUGUGCUGAACUGGGAAGGUGUGUGUGUGUGUGUUCUCCUCCUGCCUAAGUUUGGUUAAAUCCAAUUUUUUCUUUCUUUCACGGAAAGAACACUAUACUAGAGCCAGCAGGAACUGCCUGGCAAGCUAUCCUGCUGAAGGGUGGGAUACAGAGAUGCUGCUGCAGAAACUUGUAAGAGUAGGGAAACUUGAAUCCGCUCCCAAAAAAUUCAGGCAGCCAAGGAAGCUGCCUCUGCUGGCCCUCCUCUAUAGGGUACUGACAGCCUGGGAAACUCCUUAAACCCUUCUGCAGAGACAAUGGUCAUAUAGCAUGAGGACUUUGUGCCACCUUGUGGACAGGCGAAAAGGCUCUGAGGGAGACAGGCGCUCCUGCACUCUGUUUGCAGAACUGGUGCAUGAGCAAGCUGCAUCCAUCCUGCACCUAUCAUUCCUGUGGCUGCCAUUGACAAGAAGGACAUCAGAAUUCUGGACUUUAGGCUUUAUUCGUGUGGGAGUUGCUCCCACUGCUGGCAAGAGGCAGAAGCAUCCAAAAGCAGAACAGCAAGCUAUGCAACUGUUGAGCACCAGGUGGAGCAUGUGGAGGACACUAAGAAAGGCAGUUAUGCCAGACAAAUAAACCAGAAAACUCUCUUGAAGGAAGUGGCAACCAAUUGUGCUGAACAGUAAGGUCAGUCCAAAUAAGAGCCACCAGGGUGCUUGCAGCUGCUAGAGUCCAGCGGCAUUGUGGGGUAGGGAGGAGAGGUUUGGUCUUGGCCACUGUUGAUAAUGCUGCCUCCUGGGAGCAUUUGCUGUAAAUGUU